AUGAGCAGCCACUACAAUCAUUCUCUGGCGGCUAUCAGUGGGAAUGACAAUAUUGCUCAUGCUCUGACACUGGAGCAAAAGACAGCUUUUGCAUUUGUGGGCAUGCUGCUGGUAUUUCUGGGUCUUCUCAUAGUGAGAUGCUUCAGGAUUUUACUGGACCCUUACAGCAGCAUGCCAUCCUCUAACUGGGGAGACGGAUUGGAGGGCUUGGAAAAAGGGACCUUUGAAUAUGCCCUGACAUGA